CAGCCCUUCAGUCAGAUCCUGGAACCCUCUGCCAGUAAGCAGAUAUAGGUCCCAUCACCUUACAAGGGAAAAGUGGUUUUAAUAGAGUGGUUUUACUUUUCAAAAGAAGAAGAAAGGCUGGUGUGGGGGGAAGUUCCCCAUUGUAUUCUAGGCAACUUUAGAAAGGAAGGGGUAAAAUGUCCUCUCAAAGCAGUAGCGGCAAACGCCUUCACAACCCAGUGGACAGCCUCUACCGGAAGAUCCAGACUAUCAACAUGAUGGAUCAAACUUCCAAUCCUACACUGCAGAUUCCAAAGUUCCAAUCCAAGAACUUUGAUAGCCCACAAAGCAACGUGAAGAAAAACCUGGAGGAGAUUUUGAAGAAAAGGACUGUGAGAAUGGGUGAUGGCAACAGAUCUAGCGAUGAUGCCCAUUUGCAAAGCCCUUGCAGCAACAACCUCUUUCCCCCUUGCUCGCAAACGGCGACGCCAAGUCACAGGCGCAUCUCAAACAUCCGUUCUGAGAACGUUGUCUUUUCAGUCACUAGAAAUAAAGAGAGAGCUGGCAAACAAUUGUUCCUGACGAGCCAAGUUGGGAGCUGUUUACCCCCUCGGCUCAGAAGCAAAGAAUCUGCCUCUGAUCAGCAACCUGGUUUAUCCAGUAUGGAACCGAAGGAUGUACCAUCUUGGGGAUACAGCUAUUUUACAUCAAGUCCCAAUGUCUCUGUCUGUGAACUGAAGUCUGCAGAGCCCAUGUUUAGGUCUCCUGUGGCUAAAAAACUGUCGUUAGGACAUGGACUGUCAGCAGAGUCCAAAGGUGAUGAAAGCUCUGACAUAAGCUUGAUCUGUGAGGAAGACCUACUGACUACUAUCUUCUCUGCAUGCGAUGUGGAAAGGACUGGCAAAGUGGCUGUUUCCAAAAUUGUGGACUUUCUCAGGUAUACAACAAGCAGAAGUUCAGAAGAUAGCAGUCUGGAAGAGCUGUGUAACAUGCUUGAUCCUGAUCAAAAGGACAUCUCCAUAGACAUGGAAACAUAUCAUGCCAUCAUGAAGGAAUGGGUUGAAGACUGCAAAAGGAACUGGAAAGAAGCACCCUCUGAGGAGACAACUACAGAUGUAGAAGAAUCUGUGUCUAAAUUGCAGGAAAACAUUCUAGCAGCUAAAAGGACUCCUGUUAGGAUGAACGUAACUUCUGGAAGCUUGGAGGCAUUUGGAGGAGAUGUCUCUAGAGGAGACCUGGAAACGUCUGACUUGAUCACUUGCAUAGCCGAUCUUCAGUUCAACAAUCAAAAACUUCAGGAGGAGAAUGGCCAACUGAAGUUGGCUUUGGAUGCCAUGGAGGAGGCCAACAACAGACUCAUGGAAGACAGCGAGGAGCUGCGCAGUCAGAUAAAAAGUUUCCAGCAGUCCGUGACUCGAGUGAAAAACUUGAAAGAGGAACUGGAAGAAGCCAAGACUAGUCUUAGUGCUUCUGAAGAAAGAAGGUUGAAGAUGGUGGCCCAAAAUAAACAGCUAGAAAAAGAGAACCAGUCCUUUGUUCUCAAGAUCUCUUGUCUACAAGAGGAGAAUAUUCAGAAUGCUCUAGAUUCUGACGGUCUCCAAAAGAAGAUUGUAGAACUGUCCAGAAACAUGGCUGAGCUCCAAAUGCAAGUGCACCUGUAUGAGAACACAGUGGUGAAUAAAGAUGCAUCCCUUCAUAAGAAAGACUUGGAUAUCCAGGAUCUGAAGUCUACUCUUCAGGAGUACUCCUCCGUAAUAGAGACUUUACGAGUAGAGAAGAAUAAACUGGUGAACAACAUUCAACAGCUGCAACAAGAACUGAUCUCAAAUGGCAUAAUCCUUCCCUUGAUAUACAAGUUCAACAGCAGCAUCUUCGAGGGGACCAAAUCAUUGCACUGUGAACUCCAACUUGCUCAGGAACAAUCGGAGAUGGUGGCAUUAGAAAGGACUGCACUGGAUGAAUCGCUGGACCGGGAAGUUUUGCUGCUCCUGCAGGGGCCAGAACAAACAGGGGAAAGGUUUAAGGCAAUCCUCCAGAAACUGCAAGAAGAACUUUCUCAAGUGGAAGAAUUAGCAGGGUUGUAUCUGCUGUGGACCGCAGACUCCGAGAUCAAUGUGCAAGAGACUUAUGAGAGGAAACUUAUGGAUCUCAAGCAAGAGCUGGGAACUAAAAGCUCUCUCUGGCUUCAGAAGCUUAAUAUCUUGGGAAGUCAGAAGGAAUCCUUGGACAAGGAGCUUAUAAAAAUGGCAGGAAACUUGAGGAGAAUGAGAACUGAACAGCUGCACUUGAAGAAAGAGCUUUCAUCCAGACAGCAUAAGCUAGAACUGGUCACACAACUGAAGGACAGUGCCAUUGCGGAAGGAGACCUCUUGAGAUCAGCACUUCAAGAGGUAACCAAACAACGAGAGGAUGCCAGCAAGAAGGUUAGAGAUGUGGAGAGGGACCUUCAGGCCGCCUGCGAGGAAGCCAGGUCUUUGCAAGAGAGACUAGAAGAGAGCAUUGCAGCGCGAGGAUGUCUCCAGGCCGCCAAUGUGAACUUAACACACACUUGCCAGGUGCUGGAACUGGAAACUAAAGAGCAGAGCACUGCCCUUGACUCGCUCAGGGAGAAACUUUUUGAAAGACUGUUGUGUGGAGUUCUCUGUCAGAAAACCUGCUGCUAUAAAGGGUCUGGAGCCACAAAGUGUCUGCUUCUUGGCUUGUCCUGCCGGCCCACAUUAGGAUGCUGGUGCUCUCAAUACACUCCUCUGCUAGAUGCAUUGACACUAGACUCUCUCCAGCUGUUUCGGAGAUGUUCUCUGCCUUGGGCUCCUGCAGCCACUGAAACUCAGUCUAGCUUUGAAGAACAACAUCUGGAAGAUGGGGCCAUCUUGCCUGUGAUGUUGGAGGGGUGCAAGUGCAAUAACCACUCUGUUGAUUACCAGGCUGAUACAGAGCUUGCUGCCUUCAGUACGAGAAUGGAUACUGACUUUCUCAAGGAGAGCAAUGCUGGGCCAUUGGCAGAUGUCCUAUCCAGCAGUGAACAAAUCCCAUCCCAGGAAGCGGCUUCCCCUGCUUUGGACAGCACUAAGGGAUCACACGAUCGUGACUCUACACUACCGCAUACAAGGGAGGAGAAGGUUUUCGAAGCUACCUUGGAAGCAGAGAGUGCGGCGGCGGCGGCAGCAGAGGAGGAAGUUAAAGAGGAGGGUCUGAACAAUGUGGCUGAAUCAGCGGGAGAUUCUUCUUCAACUGAGGACUUAUCCAUCAUUGCUUUGGAUAGAAACAGGCCGAAGAGCAGUGUUUCUCCCAGCGAGAAGGAAGUGGAGGCUGAGUUUCUCAGACUCUCUCUGGGUUUCAAAUGUGACCUCUUUACCCUGGAGAAGAGAGUCAGACUGGAAGAAAGGUCCCGGGAUCUGGCCGAAGGAAACCUGAAGAAGGAGAUUGCCAGUGCCUUGAAAUUACUGGAGUCUCUGGCCUCUCUCAGUGAAGAUAACCAGGCCCAGGAGAUAGUGAAGAAACUGCAGAAGAGCCUAGAGCACCUGAGCCAAUAUGCCACCAGGGUGGCCGGCAAGGCAGAAAUGCUGGGAGCCAUUCAUCAAGAGAGCCGGGUCAGUAAGGCAGUAGAGGUGAUGAUCCAGCAUGUGGAAAACCUGAAGCGGACUUACACAAGGGAGCAUGCAGAACUAGAGGAGCUGAAGGAGGUGCUAUUCCAGAACGAAAAGUCCUUCAGCCCUGCUGGUGACCGAGAUGAAUCUGCAAUUAAAAAACUCUCGAGUUCUCUAAAGCAGUCGUCUCUACGGAGGGUUAGCAUUACAGCCUUGCCCAGGAUUACUGGAAAUGCUGGUCCUGCUUUGCCGCUGGCUCAGCUGAAUGAAACUGACGGGAGUGACUGGAAUGACAAAUUCAGCAGACGUGCUAGUUGGGGCUCAAAACAAGGUGAGAAGCGACCUUUACUGCAGAGGUACAUCAGCUCACCAUCCUGGACAGAGUCGGAGGAAGAACCACCUGAAACAAAAAGCAGCCCAUUGGAGCCACCGGCCCCAGAGACACGAGGAAGUAAGGCGCGGAAGUCGAGUGAGAAGGAAAGCAACUUGUCAAAAUGGGGGCUGCACGCCAUGUGUACCCGAGUUUGUUCUUGGGCUUCGUCUCUGAGAACCUCCUUCUGCGGCACUCACAAGGCUCUCUGUGUUUCUGCUAUCACUGCUCUGUUCUUUGCUGUUCUUUCAACUCUCAUCGUGGGCUUGUCAUUCCAAAGACCUGCAGAGGCGGCUCCUGUUGGGACUGGGGACGCUUGGACUUCAAUACAGCAGCUGCUGUGGCCAUAUACAGGUCUCCGGCACCAGGGUCCACCACCUGUAUAAUUCCCUGGUGGGGUUCUGAAAGGGUGUUCUGGAUGCUUUGCUGGGAAACUAGUUGGGGGGGGUUCUUGACGCAGGCGGGUGCAAAAGAAUUGAUCGAGGGUUUGUUUGUUUUUUUAAUGGCAUGAAAGUCCUGUGUGCCAAAACAAACAACUUUGGAGUAUGGCAUCUUAACACUUCUGGAGAUUCUAUUAUUUAAGCUGCGUUACUAGAAUUAAAGAAAAUGUGAUUCCAUGCUUUUCGGCACAGCAGGUCUCUCCUCUGAAUGACUUCUUUUUUCUUUUUUUAGUGUCCUUCCUUCCUGCUAAAAAAUGUAAAGGUUUUGGAAACCAUGUGAAAAAGCUUGUUUGGGAGUGAAUAUAGCUUCUCUCUAGAAAUGGUUUAAAGAGUAAGGUAUUUAUUUUUAAAAACUGCAGACUUCAACCUCUUAUUUUAUUGACGGAGUGUUUUCUAACUCAAUAAAGUUCUUAAGUAGCA